AGAGAGAGAGGGAAAGAAUGGAGGCGCAGCCUUCGCGCCGCGAGACGGACGAGGAAAAGAGAGAGCGCGACGUUACGCGAUGGCUAAUCCGGGAGAGAGACGAGAGGAAUUGGAGCGAGCGAGUAGGGGAAGAAAGAGGGAGAGAGAAAAUCGUUGAGGGAAACGAGACAAGUGAGCGAGUCGAACAAGGAGGAGCGAUUCGAGUUUGGCCGAUAGAGGGAGCGAGCGGAAGAGAGAGAGAGAGAGAGAAAGAGAGACAGUGAGGUACAAUACAGUAAUCGCUAGGACAAGUGUAGAAUAGAAGCGAGAGAGGGGAAGGCGAAAAGGACGUAUUUCACAGGAAUGAAAGAGAGAGAGAGAGAGUCCAAGUCGAGUGGAUGCCGGGCGAGCGCGAGGCGCGCGAGAGAGAAGGAGAGAUUCCCGCGCAAAAUUGGAGCGAGACGAUCGGAGCGAGGGCGUAGCGUCUAGUGGAGCCGCGAGAGGGAGGAGAGUCAGCAACGUCGCCGUCACCGUCGUACGCAGCAGGAGAGUACGCUACCUGGCACCUAGGCACGCUGGACAGCUCGAGCGAACCGCGCGCGCUGACGUCGACGGAGAGCGUCGAAUCGUCCCGUCGUCUCUCUCGCUCGCUCUCUCCGUCCCCUCCAGCCCGCCUCCUCGCCCUCUUUCUCACACCCCCUUCUCCGUCAUCCGUCAAGCACCGCGCGCGCGAGACAUACCGUCGUCGGUCGGUGCGCCGUGUGACAGCUUCCGCGCGCGAGUCCGGUCGCCGUCGUCCCCGUCGUCCUCGUCGUCGGCAGCUUUCCGUUCAUCGGGAGAACCGAGUGCCUCGCCUCUCGGACGCGAACCGCGGACGAGGCUCCGGAAAGGUCGGCGUCGUCCCCGGCGAGGAGUCGCUCGCGUAGCUCGGGACGCAUCAUCGACGUCGAUCGAUCGUCGAUCAGUAGCAGCGGCAUCAGCGGCGGCGACACCAUGGCGGACGAUCCGGAGAACACGUGCGAGGACUCCCUCGGGACCGGCGACAACACCUUCGCCAAUAAACUGCGGGGCCGGAAGGGCGCUCUCAAGAAGAAGAAUGUUUACAUGGUCAAGAAUCACAGCUUCAUGCCAAGGUUCUUCAAGCAGCCCACCUUCUGCAGCCACUGCAAGGACUUCAUAUGGGGCUUCGGAAAACAGGGAUAUCAGUGCCAAGUAUGUAGUUUCGUCGUUCACAAGCGAUGUCACGAAUACGUGACCUUCACGUGCCCUGGAGCUGACAAAGGAGCCGAUUCGGAUGACACGCGGACGAAGCACCAUUUCAAGCAACACACCUACAACAGCCCCACCUUCUGUGACCACUGCGGUAGUCUUCUCUAUGGUGUCAUCCACCAGGGCAUGAAGUGCCAAGCAUGCGACAUGAACGUACACAAGAGGUGCGAGGAGAGCGUGCCGAAUCUAUGCGGAUGCGAUCACACCGAAAGACGUGGUCGUAUACACCUGCACAUCACGUGUUCCGGUGGCAAACUCACCAUAGAGGUGCGAGAAGGACGAAAUCUUAUUCCGAUGGAUCCGAACGGGCUAUCGGAUCCUUAUGUUAAGCUGAAGCUAAUCCCGGACUCGGACAAUGUAAAGAAGAAAACAAAGACAAUCAAGGCGUGCUUAAAUCCAGAAUGGAACGAGACACUCGCCUUCGAUCUGAAACCCGAGGAUAAAGAUAGGCGGCUGUUGAUCGAGGUAUGGGAUUGGGAUCGAACGUCCAGAAAUGAUUUUAUGGGAUCUCUAUCUUUUGGCAUAUCGGAGCUUAUCAAAGCGCCCGCGAGUGGUUGGUUCAAGCUGCUCACUCAAGAGGAGGGUGAGUUCUACAAUGUACCUGUUCCUGAGGAAGGCGUCGACCUCGCCGAGCUUAAAACCAAAAUGCGGAAAACUUCGGUGACGAAGAAGACACAUGCGACUCAAGAUAAGGACGUGCCACACAAUAUGGGCAAGAGCGAUUUGAUACGAGCUAGCGACUUUAAUUUCUUAAUGGUACUCGGCAAAGGCAGCUUUGGCAAGGUCUUGCUGGCGGAGAGAAAGGGAACCGACGAAUUGUACGCUAUCAAAAUCUUGAAGAAGGACAUCAUUAUCCAGGACGACGAUGUGGAAUGCACGAUGGUUGAGAAACGUGUACUCGCGCUCUCGAAUAAACCACCUUUCCUCGUGCAAUUACAUUCUUGCUUUCAGACAAUGGAUCGUCUAUACUUCGUAAUGGAAUACGUGAACGGCGGCGAUCUGAUGUACCAAAUACAGCAGUGUGGCAAAUUUAAAGAGCCGGUGGCAGUAUUCUACUCGUCUGAGAUAGCGAUCGGUUUGUUCUACUUGCACGCACGCGGCAUCGUCUACCGCGAUCUCAAGCUCGAUAACGUUCUACUGGAUCAGGACGGCCACAUAAAGAUCGCCGACUUUGGCAUGUGCAAGGAAGGCAUCACUGGCGAUAAAACUACCAAGACCUUUUGCGGCACGCCCGAUUACAUAGCGCCGGAGAUUAUCUUAUAUCAACCUUAUGGCAAAUCCGUGGAUUGGUGGGCUUACGGUGUAUUGCUCUACGAGAUGCUAGUAGGUCAGCCACCGUUCGAUGGCGAGGACGAGGACGAACUUUUCUCCGCGAUUACGGACCAUAAUGUCAGUUAUCCGAAGAGUUUAUCCAAAGAAGCUAAAGAAGUUUGUAAAGCGUUCCUCACAAAGAAUCCGAGCAAGAGAUUAGGAUGCGGAUCGCGCGGGGAGGAUGAUGUGCGGAGCCACGCGUUCUUCCGUCGUAUUGACUGGGUGAGAAUAGAGAACCGCGAGGUGCAACCACCUUUUAAGCCAAAGAUUCAACAUCGCAAGGACGUGAGUAACUUCGACAAGCAAUUCACCUCGGAGAAAACGGAUCUGACUCCUACGGAUAAGCUGUUCAUGAUGAACUUGGAUCAGACGGAAUUUAUGGGCUUCUCCUAUCUCAAUCCAGAGUUUGUGCAACACGUUUAAGCGGAAUACUUUAUCUCAGGCUCAUAUCUUAACCUUCACUUCGUUUCUCGUCCUUCAUCUUUCUCUUUGUCACUCAGGACUCUUUCAUCCCCCUCUUGCUCUUUAUCCAUUUUCUCCUCCUCUCUUUUUCUCUCGUUCUAUCUCUGAAUCUCGCUGUAGCAUUUUCGCGAUAAAAACGAGCGAGAAUUUGGUGGGCUGUCGUUUUUGAAUUUUGUUUCAAUUCAUGCGAAAAUCUCCGAUGUAUUUUAAGCAGUCGCACGAUAGCCAAUUGUAUCACUACGCUGUAAGAAAGGUAAAAUAAGAGAAAGAUAUACGGCGUAGGUGCUGAGGAUUCGAAUGAAUCCAAAUAGCUAUCGUGAGAAAAAGAUGAAUGAACGGAGAAGUAGCACGUAAAGAAGAAAUAGUACGAUAAGACGGAAAUUUCAAAAUCGAUGUCUUCGUUCUCUGCGUAUAUUAUUAUGCAUUUACUUCAGUAGUCUCUCUACUGUCGCCUUCCAGAGUAUAUAUAAUAUAUAUAUAGGACGAAUGAAUGAAUAUAUA